CCUGAACUUUAUUUGACAUCAACUUGUUUUGAUAUAAGUAAACUUCUUUGAUAUGAAGUGAUAAGAAUUUUUGUUAGCUAAAAUUAAGUAGGUAAGUUAAAGAAAGUAAGCAUGUUUGCUGCGACGCUGACAAAAUAUUCAAGGUCAUUGCCAAUAUUUACUCGAAAAAACAGCCAAUAUGUUUCGACAACAGAAACCAAUGGAACCCGGGAAAUUACUUUGAACCAUGAAAAGACAAAAAAUUCACUAUCCCUGGACAUGAUGAGCGACCUUACCGAAGCAAUCAACAGAAAUAAAGAUGAUAUAACAUUGAGGGCUAUAGUUUUGAGUGCUAAAGGCAAUGUGUUUUCUGCAGGUCACAAUUUAAAAGAGUUGCAAUCCUCCACAGGUUUAGAACAACACAAGUUGGUUUUCCAAAAAGCCACAGAACUGAUGAAGUCUAUAAUACAAAGCCCUGUGCCCGUUAUAGCUAAGGUAAACGGUUUCGCUACAGCGGCUGGAUGCCAAUUAGUCGCGACAUGCGACAUGAUAGUUUGUUCGGACACAAGCAAAUUCUCUACACCGGGAGCAAAUUUUGGGAUAUUUUGUUCAACACCAGGGAUUGCGAUAGGGCGGUGUAUGCCCAAAUCGCGAGCUACUUACAUGCUUUUUACAGGGGAACCAAUCACAGCACGAGAGGCGUACGAAAGUGGUUUAGUCACAAAAUUAGUUCCUGCAGACCAACUAGAUCGCGAAGUUAAUGAAAUUGUUGAAAAAAUAAAACUAAAAAGUCGUAGAGUCAUCACUCUUGGGAAACAAUUUUUUUACAAGCAAAUUGAUUUAGAUCUGCUCGAAGCGUAUAAGUUGGGUGAAGACACUAUGGUACAAAAUAUCAAUAUUGAUGAUGGUCAAGAAGGAAUUCGGAGUUUUGUUGAAAAACGGAAUGCAAAUUGGAGUCACAAAUAGGUAAAUAAAAAUUGGAAACAUCAGAAAACUCUCCACGAUACAAGCAUAGAAAAGUUUUAUAAUAUCGCCAUAUUUUUGUAAGGUAGUUACUCACUUUUAUGUUUUUACUAGCUAGGUAUGUAUGUUUAUGCAGUAUGACAAUAUAUCUAUAUUUACAAAUAAUUUAAUGCACUAUCUAUUGCUAAGAUUGAUUUUUGUUUUGUUAACUUAUGAACCGAAUUAAUUUGCCAUUAUUGCAUUUUGAUGUAAAUAAAAAUCUUUGAUAAUUA